CGACAGACUCACUGGAACGUCAAGCCGCCCAAAACCCUGAACCUCACCUCUUGUCUCAGUAUCGCCGGAGUCGGAGGCGAGCUCCACUGCAGCCUCUUCUCCGUCCUCGUCUGCACUGCCAGCUUCUCGUCUUGGCUCUGCGCCAAAGCACUCUUGCCAACAGCCUCCCUGCUGGGCUCGCGCCAUGGUCGCGGACUUCAGACAACAGCUGCAGCGCGUCAAACAAUUCGCCCGCCACCUGUUCGGCGCCUCCUCCGAACCAAGCACGACUCAACACCAAUCUGACUCCCAGGGCGACCCUCCAGGAGCCGAAUUCCCAGAACACGACGAUUCAAGCAUGAAGAGAUCGGCCCCCGAUGACGCCUCUAGCGAGAGCAGCCUGAAGCGGGCGAGCCCCCAUGACGACGGUGGCGACCAGGCCGGCGAGUGGCAGACUGUCACUCGCCCGAACAAGAAGCUCAAGAAGGUCCCGCGCCCCGGCAAGAGCUAUCCAGCCCUCACUUUCUCGUCGAAUGCUCGCCUCAAUGGCAAGAUCAACCUCAACCAGCUCCGCGAUCUCGUGCUCUACAUAUAUGCCGAUGGCACAGCCCCCCAAUGGAUCGCCGUCUCUCACCGGCCGCAUUUCCGGAAGAUUGUUACCAUCAUGAUCCCGGGCCUUGAGGAAGCCAUGUUCAAGGAGAAUGUCGAUUUUGCCGCUUUUGAUGACGCCGUCCAGUCCAGGGAACCACGCAUCGCCACAUCGCCCGACGACUACUAUCCGCGUACCCUGACCAAGGACAAGUUGCCCCUGGCCCUCCAGCUCUUUGCUGAUAUGUUUCCACACCUGUGGCCCGUCCGGACGCCUGGCGAUGACAGGCACGGCAAGAUGCAUUCGCCGCUGGCCGCUUUUCUCACAGCCCCCGUCCCCAAGGACAAGGGUUCUUCCAACAAGGGCGGAGUGAAGCCAUAUGCAACACCUCAGGGCUGGAAAGAUGAGAGGACGCCAAUCACCGAGUUUCUCGCUUGUGCCGAAGAUCUCAGGGACAACGGCUUCGUCGUUCACCCCGCCCUGCUUUCAGAGGAGGCCCGCAAGAAUUUUGUGCUCCCCGAUGGCUGGGUCAUCACCGAGGUCGACAGGCUCGAAGACGGCGAUGUUCCCGACAAGGACAUUGAGGAAGGCUCUGUCCUAGCUGGCCGGACGGUCCUGGGCCUAGACUGCGAAAUGUGCAUGACGGGCGAAAACGAGUUCUCCCUGACACGCAUCAGUCUCGUCGACUACUCCGAUGGCAGUGUCGUCUUGGACGAGCUGGUCAAGCCUGACAAGCCCAUCAUUGAUUAUGUCACACGCUUCUCGGGGAUCACGGAAGAGAUGCUCGCGCCGGUCACGACGUCUCUGUCCGACAUCCAGCAGAAGUUGAUCAAGAUCCUCCGCCCACGGACCAUCCUCGUGGGUCAUUCUCUCGAAUCCGACACCAAGGCCAUGAAGCUAUCGCAUCCCUUCAUUGUCGAUACCUCCCUCCUAUACCCCCAUCCCCGCGGCUCUCCAUUGAAGCAGUCGCUCAAGUUUCUGGCCCAAAAGUACCUGAACCGGGAGGUCCAGAAGGAUGGCAUGCUCGGCCACGACAGCAUAGAGGAUGCCAAGACGUGUCUCGACCUCGUCUCCCAAAAGUGCGCAAAGGGAAAGCUCUGGGGAGUUAACGAAAACCAGGGCGAGAAUCUCUUCCGCAAGCUGGCGAGAACAGGCACGACGUACAAGGCCCAAGGCGGGGCAACUGGCGGUGUUGAGUCUGGCAAGACCAGCGCCGCAGUCGAUUGGGGCAAUCCUACUAAGGGUCCGGGGGCCGCAGCCACGUACACCUUUGGAUGCCAGUCCGAUGAAGAGGUCACGACGAACAUCAUCCGGGCUGUUCAAGGCGACCCCGACGGCAAAGUGGUCCGGGGUGGCGGCGCCGACUUUGUAUGGGGCCGCAUGCGCGAGCUUGAGGUCCUCCGCGGGUGGUGGAACAGGAACAAACUCGAGGCCACCAACACGGACGGCGGCCCGCCCGACGAAGACGCGCUCAAGGAAAUGAUGCAGGACGGCGGCGAAGCCAGCUCGCCACUCGAGAAGGCGCUCAUCCGGCUCACGGACCGGCUAGGACGCAUAUACGAGUCCCUGCCCCCGUGCACGGGGCUCAUUGUCUACUCGGGCUCGGGCGACCCGCGCGAGAUGGCCCGCCUGCAGCAGAUGCAGGGCCAGUGGCGCAAGGAGUACAACUCGGGCGUCAAGUGGGACCAGCUGAGCGUCCAGUGGAGCGACACGGAGGACCAGAUGCUUCGCAAGGCUGUCCAAGCGGCGCGGUCGGGUAUUGGCUUUAUCGGUGUCAAAUAAGGGCGUUUCGAACAAAAUACUACUAGGCCGACAGGAGGGACCAUGUCGCUUAUUGUCACACCCGGAUGGAGGCGGUGAAGUGGCCUGGUCAGCUUAGUGUAUGUUGAAGAAGUUGACGAUACAACUAGUACUACUACGUACCACUGGAUACCCCGAGAGCAAGACGUGGCCAGGUACGAAUAUACAGACAGCAUAAACAGUGCCUGCACGAAUAGACGAAAUAAUAAAAAAGAAAUUGCGCUACGCGAGGC